CCUUUUAGGUGGAGAGGAAGGGUUAAGGUAAGGAGGGAGAGAUUCUAAACAAGUCCGAGAGAAUCAAUUUCUUCUUCUUCAUCAUCUUCUUCCUUUUCUAAUCGAUUUCUGCAAAAACAGCGGGCGGGUAUAAGAAUUUGAAGAUAUAUUAUAAUAUCGGAAUGGGGGAGCAGGAGGAAGGGAAGAAGAAGAAAAGGGUAGUAGUCGAAUCGCUGGGAUGGUUAACGGAGUCAUCGAUUAUGCCGAAGAAACACCGCGCCAUCUCCGGCGUCGGCGCUUCAUCGAUCCUCGAUCUCAAAGCUCAAUUAUAUAAGUCGCAGGAAGAGUCCAAACGAUCCAAGGCUCAGCCCGAUCAAAUCGAAUAUCAACGUGCCAAGAAGAUAAUCGGCCCUCGCGAUCCUCUCUCUCAAAAGAACUCCGGCGUCGAAGCUCGAGCACACAAAGACAAACUUGAGCUGAAAGCAGUAAAAGAUGGAUCUGUCAGCUACGCUGCUUUAGAAAGAAAAGCUGAGUUGUAUGAUAAACUAAAACGAGGAGAGAUUCCAGAUGAAGAAGAUAACGAGAAGUAUUGUGUUGAUUUUUUCCAGAAGAGUCUUACAGAGGACAUAACUAAUGAACCACGAAAACGAGAAGAUGGUGAUAUUGAAGUUCUAAAUCUGCAAAAUACAAAACCAGCCACACUUGGGCGGGCAGAAAGCACACUAGAUAACAAUGAGCAUAUUCGAUUUGUGAGGGAAGUUAAUGAAGAAACAAAUGAAGCUAGGCACAAAACAACUGAACUCAAGCUACGUAGACAAGAACAAGUUGCAGCUCAUAGGGAGAAGUUGAAACAAGCCUACCUUCGAAAGAAGCUGGAAAAACUAAGAGCUUCUUCACAAUCCGGGCAGACGUGAAUUGUAGAUUAAAGAAAAUGGCGGAGACGGAGUGUAUGAGGUAUUGUCAUUGAAGGCAGAAUUUGCUUCGUCUCUCUCAUUAGGGCAUAUCUAGCUUUAGAAGUGCCCAUUUCAUAGAAUGAAUCUCUCAUUAGGGCAAGUAUCUAGCUUUAGAAGUACCCAUUUCAUAGAAUGAAUCGUCGAAUUACUCAACAUACAAUGAAGCUGUUUACAACAUUUCAGAAUACAGAGGUUUCAACCAUCAAUGCUCUGCUUCAACUGCAGCUGGAUCAACAGAAGAUACACAUAUCUGAAGAAAAAAAACAAGGGGAUGAAGAAGAUGAUGAUGAAUUUAUUUCACUAUCUGGUGUGGUUGAAAAUAGCAUUAAGAAACUUGAGAUUUUGUUGCUUGUUUGUUGGUUGAUCAUACCCUUCAAUUAUGUUGUAGAUUCGAACUCGA